AUGAAUCUUUCAGACGAUUCAAUUCGACGGAUUUUCAACAUCAAUACUUUUUCACAUAUAUGGACCAUAAAAACUUUGGUGCUGAAUCAUCUAGCGGAGAGCUCAGUACCUGAUAAGCAUAAGAGACUCUUCAUAACGUCGAUUUCUUCGGUUCUCGGCGAAUUGGGACCAAAAAACCUCUCCGCAUACUGUGGUUCCAAAGCGGCAUUGACGCAAAUUUAUGAAUCAUUACGGCAAGAAUUGUCUGAGUAUCGCCUGAUACUGCUUUUAUUGGUAAUACCAGGGCAAUUAAAUACGUCUAUGUUUCAAGAUGUUGUUCCAACCAAACAAUUAUUGGCACCGAUAGUUCGCAGCGAUAAGCUAGCUUUCAAAAUAGUUGAACGAAUUCAAAAAAACCAAAGUGGAGUUCUAUGUGCUCCUCUUUAUGCUACAGUACUUCCAGCGAUACGAGUGUUGCCUAUGUGGUUGCAAACUGUAUUUCGAUGGUUUACAGAUAUGGACAAUAAGGUUAUCGACCAAACAGAAAAAAUUAAGUAA